UUCCUCUCCGCUUUACUGCUGAAUGGUCACUAACUUACACCGGAACUAUGUCGGUGUGCGCGAGGACAGCGUGAAGCUUCGAUCUAGCCGUUAAAUGAACCUGUUCAAGAAGAAAUUCAAUUCAGUUCAAUUUAAUUAAUUUGUGUUUCAGUGCGCGAGACUCCAGAGACACGAGCCAAGUUUUUUAAUCAUUAUUAUUUUUCUUUUCUUUUUAUAUUUUUAUAUAUAUAAAUAUAUAUAUAUAUAAAUAUUUCAUCUACAAGUGUGAACGGGAAAAGGCAACAGUCAUGGAGCAGCCGAUCUUCACCACUCGAGCCCAUGUCUUCCAGAUCGACCCCACCACCAAGAAGAACUGGGUUCCUGCCAGUAAACAAGCCGUCACCGUGUCCUACUUUUACGACAGCACACGCAACAGCUACCGCAUCAUCAGCGUGGAUGGGUCAAAGGUGAUCAUUAACAGUACCAUCACCCCCAACAUGACCUUCACAAAGACGUCACAGAAGUUUGGUCAGUGGGCCGACAGCCGCGCUAACACCGUGUUCGGCCUCGGGUUCGCUACUGAGCAGCAACUGUCCAAGUUUGCUGAAAAGUUCCAGGAGGUGAAGGAUGCAGCUAAAAUGGCACGAGAGAAAUCACAGGAGAAAACUGAUGCAACCAGCAACCACUCGCAUGAAUCCGGCCGCGAGACUCCAGUGUCCAAUCAGGCGUCCAGUAUGAACGGCACAGACGACGAUAAGAUCUCACACACACCUGAUACCACACUGCUGCUGAGUGAGAACAACCGAGUGAAGACUGCUGUGGAGCAGAGUACUAACCAGUAUGAGCCGGAGCUGCAGGCUCUGAAGGAGAGUAACACUCGGCUGACGGAGGCUCUGCAGGAGGCAAACAGCAGUGUGGAGAAGUGGAAAGCACACACCACCGCAUGCCAAGAGGAGAACACCAAACUCAAGAACAAGAUCACAGACCUGGAGGCAGUGUGUAAGGAGGUGAAUCAGGAGAAAGAGAGAAACAUUCAGCUGAACAACCGAGUGCAGAAACUUGAGAACGAAUUAAAGGACAAAGAACAGGAGCUGGAGAAUCUGAGAAAGCAGGCUGAGAUAAUUCCACAGCUCAUGUCCGAGUGUGAUGGCCUCAAUGGCAAGCUACAGGCAGCAGAACUGGCCAAUCAGGAGACUCGUGGGCGUGUCUCAGUGCUGCAGAGUGAGGUGAGUGAGGGACAGCAACGACAAAGAGCCAUGAAGAGUGAGCUGAAGAAGUUCAUGGAGCUUCUAGAGGGCAAGAUCGACGAGCUGCAUGAAGUCCGCCAGGGGCUGUCUCACCUGGGCAUGGACAACUAACACACACACACACACACACACACACACUCUUCUCUCCCUCUCUCUUACACAAUAUAAUAUCUCAAUAUCUAGGGAGUGACAGCCAUAGAUCUUUAUAUUACAUAAUGUUAUGUGAUGUAACACACACACACACACACACAGGUAUUAAUACUCAGCAGGUUGGUAAAACACACACACACACACACACACAGGUA